UAGGAACUGAAAAGGGGCAGUACACACUCUUACUGCCUCACACAGCCAGACCCACUGGAGCACAGGUGGCUCUGGACAGAACGUGGACACAUGUAGCAGGAUUAGAUGAAGUGAAGCAGCCUUUGGUACUAUAGUGUCAGAUUUUCCCCUGAUCAGACCUGAUACCUGCAUUUGUGUUACAGACUGGCUGAACAACCAGAACACACACAUCAAAUCUUUUCUACUAUCAGUAUUAAUCAAAAGUACCACCAAAAAAAUAAGUACUUUCCUCUUAAUUGCGGUUUUGUGAACAAAGAAAAGAAAGAAAUUGAUUAUCCUGUCCUCAGAAGCUGCAUCUGGCUUUCAUGUAUAAGAAAUAACACAGGAUACUCGAAUAAAACAGCUCUAAUUGAACGCUUUGGAGCCCUGAAUACAAACCAGUCUUUGGAAUGACCUUUCCAAAGAGAAAUGUUAUUCCUUGCAUGCACCUAACAGCAGGAAACCACCAUAUACACAGUUCCCCUUUCACGUCACUGUAGAGUUAUGAUCUCAAAGAUAAAGGGCAGAUCUUUUUCUUUGGAAGAAAAAUAAUCUGUGUGCUGGAGAUUGGGACGCAGACGAAAAGCAUGUUUUGGUGACCAAAAUAGAAGUGAAAGAAGAGCAACGUCUGGGAAAGAAAAAAGGAGUAUUAGAGAGAUGCAAAUAGAGAAGACUGGACUGUUUCUCAACCUUUUUUGCCAGAUUUUAACAGAGCACAACAAACUUGUGCAGUUUUCAUGGCAUUUUUCCAUGGGAACUCAUCCAGGGCGCUGUGGAGCUAGCCCUCCUGGGAGGUCCUGUUAGAUAGAGAAUAAUACUUCAUGAAGACCAAAAUAAGACCACACUUCUUCCGUCAAAUUUCAGCUGACUACAGAAGGACAUUUGGAGGGAUUAUUGCUGAAAACAGAGCCAUGGCUGUAAGCAGUCAACUGGAAAGUUGAGUUUCUCCUUUCUUCGUCACUUUUUUGUGUUUUUUUCUUGUUCAGUUCACACCACUAAGGCUUCCAUUUUCCAACUGGACCAACAGACAGCUUCAAUUUAUCAGGAGAGAAGACUAACUGGAACGAAACACGCACAUUUCCCCCCUGCUGAGGGCUUUUGUUUCUGCUGCAGCAGAAGCAUUUUACGUGGGGUAGCAAUGGAGAUGGAGAAGGGACAUAUGUCUAUCAGGAGAGGGGUGAGCUGGAGUCCAGGAGGAUUGAGAAAACCUCUUCAGGCAACACAAGAGGUGCACACCCCUGGGACAGAGUGCAAUGCAUCAUGGGAAAAGACAGGAUUCAACAACGAACAGAUGAGCCGGAAAACAAACCUGACCAGGAGUGCCAGUUUAUCAGAGAAGGAGCUGAAGGAGGCUCGUGUCAGGAGUCAGAUCAUCGCUGCUCAACUCACCAUCCCUUCCAACUCCAGCUCCAGAGGCGUGCAGCUCUUCAACCGACGCAAACAGAGAGUCAAUGCGUUUACGCUAGAGAGCUGUGGAGAGGGGUCAACGGAGGACAGAGCAGAGAAUGUGAAAACCGACCCCUUGUCUAACAAACUGACAUGGGCAGAGAGGAGUAGUGAGGAAAGGGAUAGAGACCUGAACUAUAAGAACAGCACUACCAAGCCACUCUUGGCGCCACCUGGGAGGGUACAUACAGUAGGUGAUAUCAUGGAUGAACCAGGUAAGCAUUUCCACAAGGAAGACGACAUCGAGGACAGCGUUAUCCAAGAGAGACAUUUCCUCCCUGUAAAGGAAGUAGAAGAGCAGGAUGAAGAGGAAAGAGAUGAAAUCCACCAGGAGCUUGAGGGCAAAAUCAAGGAUGAGAUUGCCCCUGGAAGUAAUAAUACUGAUCCAGUUCUGAUGCGACUUGCUGAAGGGGAAGCAGAGAUAAAUGGGGGCCACACAGGGCCGGUUCCCCCCGGAAAGUUUCUUAAUGGCUGCCAUAGUACCUCUGGACCUGAGAGGGUGUCUGUUUCUACAUCCAAGCAGGCAACUGGCAUCGUCAAUCGAACUGCCAGGCCUUUCUUUUCGCCGCCGACAGUCCAGUCUCCAGAGACAGUCAGCCCUGUCAAUGACAUCCCCCCUCCUCCUUCUUAUGCUACUCCUCCUCUCCCUACUUUCACUGCUCCCCAGCCUGUGGCAUUCUCACCCCCAAAUCCACCUCCGUCAUACCCCACACCUCCUCUACCAGCCUUCACAAACCAACCCCAGCAGACCUACUACUCCAAUCCACCUCCAAUGUCUCCUGUGAUGUCUCCUUCCUCCCCUCCACCAUCCCAGUUCCCUGUUUCUUCUGGAUCUCAGUAUGUUGCUUCAAACUCACCCAUGCCUCAUUAUGGCCCUCCCACAGCCCCAAAGCCCUCCACCUUUGUCCCUCAGCCCACCGGAGAGAGGAAGCCAACUAAAACUGGAAUACUUGAGGAGAGCGCUGCCAAAAGGUCAAAUAGAAAGUCAAUGUUCACAUUCAAAGAGAAGCCAGUAGUAGCUCCGAACCCUGAGCUGCUCUCUCUGGUGCAGGGGUUGGAUGAAAGGAAGAAACAUGGACAUAAAUCUGUGCCUGAGCCAGCAUCAGAGGAGGAGUUACUAGCUCUGGGUGCAGAGGCCUCCAACUUCCUCGCCAAGGAAGAAGACAGAGCUGAGGAAGCAAAAGCUCCAGAGUGGACCUCCUGCCUCAAGAGCUCCAGGACCCGACCCAGGGCAGAACAUAGGCCAGAGCAGACCCUUAACAAUGCAUCAGGAAAGGGGGCUGAGCUGUUUGCCAAGCGUCAGUCCAGAAUGGAGAAAUAUGUUGUUGAGCAUCAGAACACAGAGCAAAUUAGGUCUCCUUCUCCAACAAUGUCUCUGCCACCAUCUUGGGUGUACCCAUCAAACAUGCCCGGUAGGGUCAAAGCCAUCGCUAGAAACUCUGAUGUGAGCGCUCAGGUUUCACAAAACCUAAAGGCCCAACAAACAGUCAAGCCAAAACCGAGGCCAAAUGCACCAGCACCAGAGCCAGUUCCAGAGCAGCCUCCUUUGGAGAAUGGUUGCUCCAAGAUGGAGAUGGACCUCUCAAGGCACCGGCCUUACCAGCUUAACUCUUCCCUCUUCAUCCUUAAUCCAGUCAAGGACCCCAUUAGUACCCUACCCAGAGGAGCACCACAGGCCAAGAACCUGAUGUCCCCCCAGUCUUUGUCCAGACAUAAUUCCUUACCUAACAACCCUCCCUCUCACUUUGGUACCCGGUGCAUGUCUCCCCAGCUGCCUCUUAGCCCCACAAGAGGAGCAGAAUAUCCAUCAAAUUCAGCCUCUGGGCAUCCAAGGAUCAGUUCUCCCAUGUCUGCCUUUUCUCCAGGGCGUGUGUCCUCUCCUCGGUCGGGGGUCCAGUCACCAAGGCCCACAUUUUCUGCCAAGAAGGCAGGGAUUGAACCACAGACACCAAAGGAGUCCACCCCAGCUGAAGCCCCCAGUGAGACUCCCACACCAACUAGGACACCCAACCUCACCAGGCGCUUCAGCAGCCCAGAGGGUCCCGCCACUGCAACCUGGACUUCCAGCCUCCAAACCAACCGCCCCUCUGCCAACAUCUCCAGCCGCUCAGUCACCUCCCCUGUUUCCACUCCCAGAGGUAUAAGAUGCCAAUCCCCUAUGAGUCAGAAUAUUCAGCUUUCCACUGUUAACUCAAUUUCCACAUCCAGACCAUCCCAGACAUUUACAGCCACCUCUCAACGCUCUCCAUCUUGGGGUUCAAGAUGUCAGUCCCCAAUGGUUAGCCAGAACACCCAGUCCUCCACCAUCUCCUCUGUUCCUGGUUUCAGGCCUCCCCAAACGUCUACUUCUCAUUCUCCUGCAUGGGGUUCAAGAUGCCAGUCCCCAGUUGUAAGCCAGCAUGCCCAAUCUUCCACUGUCUCCCACAUUCCCACAUCCAGAUCCGCUCAAACAUCUACAGCCGUCUCCCCACCUUGGGGUUCAAGAUGUCAGUCCCCAAUGGUGAGCCAGAGUACCCAGUCUGUCACCAUGUCCUCAGUUUCUACUUCCAGACCUUUCCAAACUUCUACAAAUACCUCUCCUCUUUCUCCUCCUUGGGGUUCAAGAUGCCAAUCGCCAAAGGUAAACCAGAAUACCCAGUCCUCCACUGUUUCCAUUUCCACACCCAGAUCCUCCCAAACACCUACAGCCACCUCUCCUGCCCAUCUUCCUUGGAGCUCACGUUCCCAGUCUCCUGCACCUUUACAGACCAGUUUAUCCUUCAACACUGCUAAACCUCUGUACACACCCUCUGCCAGCUCUCCUGUUCCCACACCCAAAGACAGUCGCUGCAUGUCCCCAGUUGUUAAUAAUCUAGACUCUAAGGCCAACCAUCGCAUCCUGGCGAAAAACAUCAUCAAUGCAGCCAAACGUAAAAACAGCCCUUCCCCUGGUGCACUGAGCAGUCACAGCCUUCCCAUCUCACCUCUGGGAAAUUCCCACCAUGGCUAUGACUGUCACAAACCACCCAUCAGCCCUUACCAGUCACGGCCAUUGGGGGCCCAGUCCCCUACCUUCACCAGUCCUCCACCCACCCCAACACAGAGGAUCUGCUCUCCCGUGAGGCUCUACAACACACGCUCCCUCACCGACUCUGAUGCCUCAGUUGAGUCAGAGGACUCGGGCCUCCGGUCACCCGGCCUGCACUCCUACAACACCUGUCCCCGUGGCUGGGGUGGCAGCCUUAGGGUGAAGAGAAGCACUGUUUCCACUGACCUGUGAGGGUGCUACUCAAUGGCAAUACGCGCAUGAUUAUGGUUUUCAUAGACUUACUCCCCUGUGGCAUUUGAUCAACCAAUAAACAACAUCCUGAUGGAAUUAAUCAGACUUAUAUGAGAUAAUUUACCUUUCUGUCACUUUGAAUACAAAUCCUGGACAAUGGUAAAUGUUGUAUCAAGUAGUAUUAGUAGUUUAUAGGACUCACAUUCAUUUAUGGACUGACAAGAACAAGCUUUUUGCAUAACACAGUUGCUGUGGCUUGUACGCUUCUUGCAUACCAAAAAUGCAAAGUCUCAAAAUAACCAAAGAUAUUUGAAAUCAUUUAAGAUGAAUGUUAUACUCUUUACACCUUCACAACAAACAUACUUUCACUAUUCCUGUUCAAUAGUGUUUUUUAAAAUGUUAUUCAUGAUAUAUCACUGUGUUUGCUGGUCUUACAUGAGUCAAAAUGGGAAGAGACUUUUAAAUUUUAAGGCUUAGGAGGGACCCAUGAAAUGAGAAAUGUGUAAAUAUAUAGUUCAUUGGAAUGUUCAGUACUUUGAUUAAGGCAUUCUCACUGUGCUGUAUUAGUAAAGGAUCAAAUUAAACUAUACAAUAGAUUCAUAGUGAAUAUAGAUUUAGAACAUACUGGGGAAAAUCAUUUUUCCGUUAAAUUUUUGCAACACAGUGGUAGGUGAGGCACAUGUUAUUCACAUUAUCACACAUGGUCAAAGUAUUCACCACAGUUUAUUACCCAUUUUAUUCAAUGGAAAAUAAAUCAUAUGCAGAAUUAUCGCAGUGCAAUAAUCAAUUUAACAUAGUGUAUAUAUGCUGCUUUAUGUACCACAUUUGCUAAAAUGAAUGUAAGGUUUACAGACAGAUUGACAGAGAAUGACAGAAAAAAGGGAGUGUUGAGUAUGAAGAGUUAUGUAGGGGCUUGAUGGGGCAUUGGCACACCUAUUUAACCAAACACUGUUUCCAUGUUUAAGAAUAAAAAAAAGAUUUGAUAGUUUUUGCUCAUUUUUAAAACAUUGCUGGAGGGUGAGAUGUUGGUGCAGUGGUUAUCAUGUCACCUCACAGCCAGAGGGUUCUGGAUUUGAACCCACCAGCCGGCUGGGGCCUUUCUGUAUGAAGUUUUGCAUCUUCUCCCUGUGCCUGUGUGGGUUCUCUCUGGGUACCCCAGCUUCCUCCCACAGACAUGCAGGUUAGGUUAAUUGGAGACUCUAAAUUGCCCGUAGGUGUGAAUGUGAGUGUGAACGGUUGUCUGUCUCUAUACUAUAUGUUAGCCCUGUGAUUGACUGUCCAGGGUGUACCCCGCCUCUCGCCCAAUAUUGCUGAGAUUUGCUCCAGCUCCCAGCGACCCUCUGGAGAAUAAGCGGUAAAGAAAAUGGAUGGAUGGAUGUUGGUGAACAAUUUAAUGAAUGUAAGGUUAAUGAACAAACAAUAAUUUAAUGAACAAAUGUCAGCUGUUAACAUGUGAUUGUAAUAUUCAUAUUGGACAUUGAUGUAUGCCUACAUUUGUUUUGCUGAUCACAAACUGUCAUUCUUUUUUAUAUCAGUAAUGUCUUUAUAAGAAACAGAAUUGCAUAUAAGUGCCUGUUUGGAUGUGGUUUAGAAGCAAGUUUGUAUGUCACACAAGUAGAGAAGGUAAAACAAGACAUUGUUGUUAAACUUUCGUGGAAAAAAGGUUAGAAGAAUGUGGAGCGAUUUGAAAUAUUCUAGUAAGUGUUUGUGAAAAAGGAUCAGAGGAAUGGAUUGUAUUUAAAAUACGUGCAUAACUCUAAUGUACAUUCUCUUAAACUUCUGAAGUUUCAUUUUAUACUUGAUUUGCACUUCUGUUCAUUCCAUUUCAAUGGCUAAGUUGGCGUUCUUUAAAACUUGAUUUUCUCAAGUGUCAUUCACAAUACAACCAGCAAAUAAACAUCCAUACCAUAAAAAUCAGACCAUUCCUGCACAACGCAACAUGUUGACAAGAUGGACCCACAUUGGCUGUAUAUCUGAUAGCUGCCUUAGAACCACAACUGGUUUUCUGUUUCAAAGCCAUUUUUACACCAUUCUCAUCUUGCCUAGUCCUGUGCAGUACACACAACAGAUCAUCCCUUCGUUCCCUGACAUGCAGGCCAGCAUCAGCACAUUUCUAAAUAUUUACUUCUGUGUGUGUUAUGAGUGACAGGGACACCUGCUACACGGUGACCUGGCUCCUUAAGCAGGAUUAAGACUAUCACUGUCAUGGAUUGGUUUCAACCUGGUUCACCUCCAGGCAGGUCAAACAUUGCUGACACCCUCAAACACAGAGAAGAAUCAUUUCAUUUUUUAAUUUUUGCAAGCAGUUUUGUUUUUGGGUCUGUGGCUAUUUUUAAUACAAUUUCAUAACUGCAUGACAUUUGAAAACGAAUGCAAAAUAAAAAGUGAUGACACACCAAUUUAAA